GGGCCGGGGUUGGUUCCGGGCCGAGGGUCCGGAGGGUCCGGGCGGGUCCCGAGGAGGGUCCGGGCGGUUCCGGCUGAGCGGGAUGAGCGGCGGGCGGCGCCGGGACGAGCCGCCGCACCCGCAGCACCACGCGGUGGCCAACGGCGGCGCGGCCGGGCGCGGCUCCGUGUGGGGCAAAGCGCUGCGCAGCGACUCCGCCUGGCACGACAAGGACGAGUUUUUAGAUGUAAUCUACUGGUUCCGGCAGAUCAUUGCAGUUAUUUUGGGAAUCAUCUGGGGAGUAGUUCCACUGAAGGGCUUCGUGGGAAUAGCAGUAUUCUGCCUGAUCAAUGCUGGUGUUCUGUACCUCUACUUCAGUAGCUUCCAGCAGAUAGAUGAGGAGGAGUAUGGCGGGACGUGGGAGCUAACGAAGGAAGGAUUCAUGACAUCUUUUGCACUGUUUCUGGUUGUUUGGAUAAUCUUCUAUACUGCCAUCCACUAUGAUUGACACAGUCUGCAGCAUUUGCCUGUUAAAUCAGUAGUCAGUAAAUCAAGAAGGUUUUAAUAAGUCCUAGUCUUUAGUGGACUGGUGGGAAGGUGGGGAAGCCAAACCAGUUCCCUUCCAUACCAGAGGUCUGAUUAGCCUGGAGGAGCCCCAACUCUUCUGCUGGAGAAGCCUGUCUCUGUUUUAUAUACCCAUGAAUUAUUGGAACUAUUAAAAAGCCAUUGGAAUUUUUGGAAGUGGUUCAAGACUGUUCACAUGUGUAACUUUCUGUGACUCUAGCCAGUAACUCUACAAACUGCUGUGUGCUGAAGGUUGAAUCUGUUAAUUUAAUGUAUGUAUGCCCAUCUGUUUGAAAUCUGUCAUUAAAUCCUGACUUGUCUUCCAUGGUUGUCCUUUAGACAAACAGUGUUUCAAAAGCAGUUGUAGGUACGUGGGCAGAGGGCAUGGCAGCACCCAGGACAUGAGCUGGUGGCUGCCCUUGGCAUGUUUUUGUAGUAAUCAGAUCUGAUUUGAUUAAACAGACUAUGUUGUUAACCAUUUCUAAUAUUUUUUUAUUUUACUUGCAAAUCAGCCGUCGAUCAGAAUUUUUAAAUGCUUUUUGCUGAAGAGAAAUUUUUAAGCAAUUUUGCUAGGAAGAAUUGAUUCAUUUGGUUAACCAAGAUGUAUUCAAGAAGCUCGGAAGCUCCACUGCACUCUGCCAGCCUGACUACCAAGUUGCUAUCACAUACCUCAGAGCUUCAUAGUCUCAAAGGACAGUCAUUCUGGAGAUACCCUGUUAAAUGUUAGCAUUUAAAUUUAUUUGGUUUUAAGCUCUUGAAUUUGACUGCUCCUUGUUAAUAAAUGCAGGAGACUAAGACACAAUUGAGGCAGCUAUUAUCUUAAAUGCAGACUUGCAAGUCUGGCAGAGUACACAGCUUCUGAUUUGUGAGGUGCUUGGUCACUUCAUAGCUCAGUCCCUCCCUAGUUGUGCCCUUUUUGUGCAUCAAAGGGGAAUCUCUGCAUUAAGAUAUUUUUAAGGAAGUGUCUUUCAGAAAUAGUUCUUGGGAAAUACGCACAGUCCUUGUUUUUGUCAGAGGACCUUGUAGUCUUGUUGCCAUGUGGUCCUUGCUUUUCUAAACAGCUCAGGCACCCAAAAAGAGUCCUGACCUAAAGCUGCCUUAUAGUAAGGGGUUGAUAGUUUAGUGUGCUCUUGCUGCAAGUCUGCUUUGCCUCCUCACUGGUGGAAGUGCCACAGCCUGGCUCUCACCUGUGAGUGUGCAAAGCCAGGGAUCUCAAUCUCCAAGUGCUGAGCCAGGGCUCUGGAGUUGCCCACCAGUGCAGGCCUCCAUUCUUACCAGGGAAAAUGCUGUCUGUUCUUGGUGGAAAAAACACCCCUGGCUAUUUUAGGUCCUUGGGAUGCCAAGGGAAGAGUGCAAUAGCAGACAGCUUCUGCUAUAUGUGAGUGGCCAAUUUAAGUAAAUGAUUUCAAAUGAUAACUUCUAUAUUUUCUCCUCUCCAUCCCCAAACUUGCUCAAACUUUUAGUCUGCUACUUUCUUUUCCUUUUCUAUCAGCUGAAACCAUUAACUUUCCACAAGAAUUGCACAGCCUGCUAGUUCUAGGUCACCCUUUCCUGCUGGCAUCUGCAUCUUAGCUGCUCACAGCCAUCAGUAAAACCAUUGUAUACUUGAAAUGCUCUAAUAAAUGUUGCCUGUGCAGCUUC